AAAUCUAAAUUUCACAUUCUCUAGAACACAUUCACAUCUUGCUCUAAUGUGACUUAUCUAAUCAUGGAUGAUGAGAUUGUUACUGGAGAGCUUUUAUCAAUGUUCCCAUCAAGGCUUAUGUUAGAUCAUUCCCCAGAUGAACUGUCUACCAGAUCACCUUCUGCCUCGAGUAAAGAAUAUUUGUUAUCCCACUCCCUUGAGGAACAGCUGAACAUUUUUGUGCACUGCCACCCUAUUUUGCCAGUUAAAGCAGAGCAGGUGGUAUUUAGCCCUCCUCGCAUUGGAAUUGAUAAUUCACAAUCAGCCUCGUGCACCGAAAAACUUAACGAGGACAUGGAUUUCUUUGACCCUACUCAAAUCGAGGACCACAAUGUAUAUACACUUUGGGAGAAUGGCUCAUUCAUAUCUACUCAGUCAUCUGGUAGCGAUCCACUAAUGGGUGAAAUCGUUCAUAUGGUGGAAAGAAUGGAGUUAGACGAGAAAAAAGAAGACUCUAAUCAUAUGCCAUAUAUUACCUGAAGAGGCUGCCAAGAACCUAGGGUUUAUUGAAUUUGUACAUGGAAGCUCUUAGCUCCCUUAUUUGCCUCUCACUAUCCGAGGACAUGUAUUCCGCAUACUUGAAAACGAUAUGGUACGCAAGAUUACCUAAGAAAAACCAUAUUAGUUCUGGAUUGAAUUUAAAACCCACAAAUAAGAUCCACGUCAUAGUAAAAAAUAUUGUGCCAAUGUAUGGGAUUAGGUUCACUUUGCGUUUUUUUUGGAAGUCCUUAGAAAUGAUAUAGACGGCUGUGGUCGGGGGGCAGGGUCAGUACUGUGGUGCGAGGGAGGGGGCCGGUUCUGGACGUGUAAAUUCUGUACUUACGAGCAUAUAAAUAUAAAGUCAUUGACAAGAACUCCCACAUAAUGAUGAUGAGUGAGGGAAUUUGGCCUUCAUAACUCUUAUGUGGCUCUAUACUCCACGGAUGCAUGAUCUGGUUCAUCAAGAAAUAGCCCUUAAUUCCACCAAAAAUAACGCCGCCGAGGACAAUGAAUCUCUGCAAAACAAUCGUGUUACUAGUGGGGCGGAUAGCUUUUUUUUGCUUGAAAAUAGAGAUGGUACCUUGCAUAAGGUCUUUGUCUG